UCCAGUGCCAGGCACGCUCCCUAUCCACCAGGCUCCAGUGCCAGGCACACGUCCCUAUCCACCAGGCUCCAGGGCUAGACAGGCGUCCCGGUUCCUACCCCAACAAGAGACGUCUGUAAUAGCCUUGAGUCCCCCCUUGAACCAUCCUACCGCCCGUCCGGAGUGGUCACCUCCACUCUCCCGUCACAGCCGCACUCUCCUACGUCAACACAACAAUAAGAUGCUGCGGGCGCUGGUGGUGCUAGCGGGCGUCGGGUGGGCGUGGGCGGCCCUGAUGGAGACGAGGGCGUCGGUGCCCCUGGCCGAGGGCGUCAUGUCGGACCAGCAUAUAGACCACAACCUGCCCAACCUCCCCCUCGGCAACCCUGACACGAUGGAGCACGAUAUGCCUGGCAAUCCCCUGAGCCCUGAUGACUUCCGCGAGGGCAAGGAGAUGGAGCACAAGGACUGGGACCCUACCACCAACGCCGACCCCAUUGAGCUGGCCGGACUCUUCCAGGGUGAUAUUAUCAUCAUGACGUCUGCUGAGUACGACGACCUGGCCAUGCCGGCAGGGGCCCCCUUGGCGAGGAACGCGAUCAACACCUUAGAUAAGCGCUGGCCCAAUGGUGUAAUUCCCUACGUCAUCUCUUCCUCCUACAACAAGCAGGAGCGGGCCACCAUAGCCAUGGCGGUCAGCAAGUACCACUCCAACACCUGCAUCCGGUUCGUGCCCCGGACGGUGGAGCGGGACUACAUCCACAUCAUCAAGGGUGACGGGUGUUCCAGCUCGGUGGGCCGUCACUCGGGGGCCCAGGCGGUGUCCCUGGGGCCCGGGUGCCUGUACGUGGGCAUAGUGAUGCACGAGCUGAUGCACGCCGCGGGGUUCUGGCACGAACAGUCCCGCUGGGACCGAGACAACCACAUCACCAUCAACACCUUCAACAUCCAGGCCGGCAUGGAGUACAACUUCGAGAAGUACUCCUGGGAGCGUAUUCAGAGCCUGGGGGUCAGCUAUGACCUGGGGUCCAUCAUGCACUAUGGCCCCUACGCCUUCGCCAAGGAGCGGACGAAACCCACCAUCAUCCCGCGCCAGACCGGCCAGGAGAUUGGUCAACGACGGGCCUUCUCCGAGAAGGACGUGUUGAAGCUGCAGCUGCUGUACAACUGCGCCAACACCAGCACCACAGCUGUCGUCACCGUCUCCCCCAUCCUGCCCCCAUCCCCAGACAACUGCGAGGACAACAACAAGUACUGUGGCACCUGGGCCAAGAUAGGAGAGUGUGGCAAGAACCCCACCUGGAUGCAUGUCAACUGCAAGAAGUCCUGCAAGAAGUGUGGAGCGGAGUGUUCGGAUAACAAUGAACAUUGUACCUUCUGGGCUCAGAAGAACGAGUGCGUCACUAACCCGUCCUACAUGAGUCUGUUCUGCAAGAAGAGCUGCGGCGUGUGUCACACUAGUGCUGAUUACAACGCUGACGUCUGCGCUGACGACAACAAGCACUGUCAGGCCUGGGCUGACAGCGGUCACUGUCGCUCCAAUCCCAACUACAUGUUACUGUUCUGCAGGAAGGCUUGCAAGCAGUGCUAGGCUGACACUCCUUCCUGCAGGCUGACACCCCUUCCUGCUGGCCUGACACUCCUUCCUGCAGGCUGACACUCCUUCCUGUAGGCUGACACUCCUUCCUGCAGGCUGACACUCCUUCCUGCAGGCCUGACACUCCUUCCUGAAGGCAGACACCCCAACCAGCUGGCCUGACACUCCUUCCUGCAGGCUGACACUCCUUCCUGCAGGCUGACACUCCUUCCUGUAGGCUGACACUCCUUCCUGCAGGCUGACACUCCUUCCUGUAGGCUGACACUCCUUCCUGCAGGCUGACACUCCUUCCUGCAGGCUGACACUCCUUCCUGUAGGCUGACACUCCUUCCUGCAGGCUGACACCCCUUCCUGCAGGCUGACACUCCUUCCUGCAGGCUGACACUCCUUCCUGCAGGCUGACACUCCUUCCUGCAGGCUGACACUCCUUCCUGCAGGCUGACACUCCUUCCUGCAGGCUGACACUCCUUCCUGCAGGCUGACACUCCUUCCUGCAGGCUGACACUCCUUCCUGCAGGCUGACACCCCUUCCUGCAGGCCUGACACUCCUUCCUGCAGGCUUGACACUCCUUCUUGCAGGCUUGACACUCCUUCCUGCAGGCCUGACACCCCUUCCUGCAGGCUGACACCCCUUCCUGCAGGCUGACACUCCUUCCUGCAGGCUGACACUCCUUCCUGCAGGCUGACACCCCUUCCUGCAGGCUGACACCCCUUCCUGCAGGCUGACACUCCUUCCUGCUGGCUGACACUCCUUCCUGCAGGCUGACACUCCUUCCUGCAGGCUGACACCCCUUCCUGCAGGCUGACACUCCUUCCUGCAGGCUGAUACCCCUUCCUGCAGGCUGACACCCCUUCCUGCAGGCUGACACUCCUUCCUGCAGGCUGAUACCCCUUCCUGCAGGCUGACACCCCUUCCUGCAGGCUGACACACCUUCCUGCAGGCUGACACCCCUUCCUGUAGGCUGAUACCCCUUCCUGCAGGCUGACACACCUUCCUGCAGGCUGACACACCUUCCUGCAGGCUGACACCCCUUCCUGCAGGCUGACACACCUUCCUGCAGGCUGACACCCCUUCCUGUAGGCUGAUACCCCUUCCUGUAGGCUGACACCCCUUCCUGCUGGCAUGACACUCCUUCCUGCAGGCUGACACUCCUUCCUGCAGGCUGACACCCCUUCCUGCAGGCUGACACCCCUUCCUGCACGCCUGACACCCCUUCCUGCAGGCUGACACCCCUUCCUGCAGGCUGACACCCCUUCCUGCAGGCUGACACUCCUUCCUGUAGGCUGACACUCCUUCCUGCAGGCUGACACUCCUUCCUGCAGGCUGACACCCCUUCCUGCAGGCUGACACUCCUUCCUGUAGGCUGACACCCCUUCCUGCAGGCCUGACACUCCUUCCUGCAGGCUGACACCCCUUCCUGUAGGCUGACACUCCUUCCUGCAGGCUGACACCCCUUCCUGUAGGCUGACACCCCUUCCUGCAGGCUGACACUCCUUCCUGCAGGCUGACACCCCUUCCUGCAGGCUGACACCCCUUCCUGCAGGCCUGACACCCCCUUCCUGCAGGCUGACACCCCUUCCUGCAGGCUGAUACCCCUUCCUGCUGGCCUGACACUCCUUCCUGCAGGCCUGACACCCCUUCCUGCAGGCUGACACCCCUUCCUGCAGGCUGACACCCCUUCCUGCUGGCCUGACACUCCUUCCUGUAGGCUGACACCCCUUCCUGCAGGCCUGACACUCCUUCCUGUAGGCUGACACCUCUUCCUGCAGGCUGACACUCCUUCCUGUAGGCUGACACUCCUUCCUGCAGGCUGACACUCCUUCCUGCAGGCUGACACUCCUUCCUGCAGGCUGAUACUCCUUCCUGCAGGCUGACACUCCUUCCUGCAGGCCUGACACCCCUUCCUGCAGGCUGAUACUCCUUCCUGCAGGCUGACACCCCUUCCUGCUGGCUGACACCCCUUCCUGCAGGCCUGACACCCCUUCCUGCAGGCUGACACUCCUUCCUGCAGGCUGACACUCCUUCCUGCAGGCUGACACUCCUUCCUGCAGGCUGACACUCCUUCCUGCUGGCUGACACUCCUUCCUGCAGGCUGACACUCCUUCCUGCUGGCUGACACCCCUUCCUGCAGGCCUGACACUCCUUCCUGUAGGCUGACACCCCUUCCUGCAGGCCUGACACUCCUUCCUGCAGGCUGACACCCCUUCCUGCAGGCUGACACCCCUUCCUGCAGGCUAACACUCCUUCCUGCAGGCUGAUACUCCUUCCUGCAGGCUGACACUCCUUCCUGCAGGCCUGACACUCCUUCCUGCAGGCUGACACUCCUUCCUGCAGGCUGACACCCCUUCCUGCAGGCCUGACACACCUUCCUGCAGGCCUGACACUCCUUCCUGCAGGCUGACACCCCUUCCUGCAGGGUGACACCCCUUCCUGCAGGCUGACACUCCUUCCUGCAGGCUGACACCCCUUCCUGCAGGCCUGACACUCCUUCCUGCAGGCUGACACCCCUUCCUGUAGGCUGACACUCCUUCCUGCAGGCUGACACCCCUUCCUGUAGGCUGACACCCCUUCCUGUAGGCUGACACUCCUUCCUGCAGGCUGACACCCCUUCCUGUAGGCUGACACCCCUUCCUGUAGGCUGACACUCCUUCCUGCAGGCUGACACCCCUUCCUGUAGGCUGACACCCCUGCAGGCUGACACUCCUUCCUGUAGGCCUGACACCCAGGCCAAGACUGACGACGUCAGGUGUGUAACAUUUGGCUGUAUGUCUCCUCAGCCUUCAUCACUCUGCACUUGCCAGAGUUGAACUCUAAUAUCCACUUGUUGAACCUCUGGUGAGUUUUAACUGCUUCUUCUUCAAGGUUCUUCAAGGUUCUUCAAGGUUCUUCAAGGCCAUUGGAGGUUGUGGACUACCAUGACUCUCCAUACACGUCCUGUCUAUCCACCGGGAGGGAGGUAGACGGUAGAUGUAGAGUAGAUUUCACUUUGCCUUAGAUCUACAAGAGUUGUGUUGAUGUUGGUAGAGAAAUAUUCUUCUCAGGCUGAUGGGGUUAUACUUGUAGGUUAUAGUAAAGUUUGGCUUAUAACUCAUUUUUUAUAUAUUUUGUUUGAUGGUUUAGUAAACUGUUGUUGGAAGGUGUUGGUCACUACAGCGGGGUCUCAGAGGAGCGUAUGUGCGCACUUGUGAAACACAGCGUAUUCAUGCGCACAUGAUUUACGCAGCAUGUGUGUGUGUGUGUAUUUUGACGCACACACGGAUGUGUAUUUUGGACAAAGAGCACAUGUAUGUGUACGCAAGACGCAUAAAUGUGUUUUUUAAGAAAAAAGGCGUGACGCAAUUUACGCAAACAUGUGUGUGCGUAAAUCUUCUUGUGUGACGCAUUAAUGAUUAGUUCCCUUGUGUGGGUUAAAGUAUGUGAAUGGUACCAUGAGUCUACCACCAUGAUUGUAUUUGUGUUUGUUGAUAGAAUGUAGUUAAAUUCUGCAAUGAAAUAAAAACAUCACUAGAAU